UUUCAGUUUGCAAGAAUUAUACAAGGAAGUAACAGUUGAUUCAGUUGGUUGCUGCAAUGAAGAUUGCUUUACUUUUAAUGUGUGUUGCUUUGGGAAGUGGGAAUCCCGUAGUCAAGAGAUCGAACGAAUUUGACGAUGCCUACGACUAUUCAGAAGCUGAUCUAAAUACUGAAGUUGUAUUUGUAGCAGAAGUAUCCUCAACUACCACCACAAAUGAAGAUCCACCAAGAACUUCCUCUCAUUGGCCAAUAACUGAUCGUGCUAUUACAGUUCCACCACUAGUUACAGAGAAUUGGGAAGAAGCCGUAGUGGUUGAGGGAUGGCCCACAACGACCACUUCCAGAUAUGGCAGGAAACGUUUGAGAGAGGAAGUUCGAAUCGCCGUUAAAAAUAUUAAGGACGAAACGAGAGAAAUUCUUCAAGACAUCAAGGACGAAGUAGGACUAAUGUCUGAUGCAAUAAAGUCCAAAAUUAGAUCUGCCAUGGACCGCUUCAAAAAACGACUACUUACCAUUAAUUUCCGUUCGGACAUAGUUGCAGAUUACAAUGCAUUAAGUCACUAAAUGAGCUAGUUAAGAAAGUGUUGUUGUAUGGCAAUAGUGCACAAGAUUAACAAAUCCAAAUUAACAAAGCUUAUAUAGGGGAACAGCAAUAGCAUGGUAUAUCAGCACUUUGACGUUCAAUGACAGAUUCUAAAAGGCGUUUUCAACUAAAAUCGAGCAAUAAAUAGCUCAGUUUCACGUUGGCAAGCAAUUUUCCAUGAAAGUAACGAAAACUGCAAAUUAGAUGGAAUUAUUAGAUUGAACAUAAUAAAAACCUUUCAAAACAGGAAUACCCAAGAGUGUUCUGUCCAAACUAGUAGUUUAUGCAACAAGUUGCAAAAAGAGGAUUUUUUCAGCAUGAGUCGUACAUUUAUCCAACGAGGUUCACCGAGUUGGAUAAAUACGACGAGUGCUGAAAAAAUCAAGUUUUGCAACGAGUUCCAUACAACAUUUUUUGCAAUUUCGAAAAACACCCAUUGAGUGAAAUUUUAAGUCGAAUUUUCAUGUAUUUUGUCAAUAAAUCGUUUAAAUCAAAAAAAUGUUGAAAAGUGUUACUUUUCGAAACAAGUGCUGAAAAGUUCAACUUUUCAGCACCCAUUUCAGUGCUGAAAAGUAGAACUUUUCAGCAUUUAUUUUGAAAAGUGUUGCUAUUCGAUUCUGUUAUUUUUGGUACAGAAAAGUAGGCUAUUUCGUCGUUCAAGAAUGACAGGAAAAGUAAGUAGUUUCACGACGGAAUUGCAAAAACAACUUAACAAAUCUUGGCUGCAACCUCUAACAUAAUUCUUUCCAAAUUCCUAGAUUUUGGUUAAAUAGCUGUUGUGGUAAGACUGAAAGUGGUCUAAAUACUUUUCUAUUUUUCAUCAACUCUGUUCGUUACUUUUAGAUUGAGGGAUGGCCUGAAACGACCACUUCCAGAUAUAGCAAGAAACAUUAAGAAGAGGAAUUUCAAAUCGCCGUUGAAAAUAUUAAGGACGAAACAAGACAAAUUAUUCAAGACAUCAGGGACGAAGGAAAAAUAAUUGUUGAUGCAAUCAAGUCGAAAAUAAGAUCUGGCAUGGACAGCUUCAAACAAAAUGUUGUUAAAACUUGUAGUUCAGACAUAUGUGCAAUUCAGGAUUUACAUAAUACUAAACGAGCAAGUAAAAAUGAGUUUAUCAACUUUUUAGGAAAAUUACCUAAUUUUGGCAAAAAAGCACUUUGACAAAAUUACAGCUUCUAAAACGCAUUUUUAAAUAAAAUCGUUUAAUGUAUGUCGAGCCUCAACAUUAUUUUAAGAUUGAAGAAGGACUUCCAACGACUCCUUUCAAAAAUGAAAGUAUACGGGCGGAUGAACGAAUUGGCGUCCAUAAUUUCAAGGAUGAACGAAGAUCCAUCCUGUGGGACAUGGAAAUGACAAUUGAAUGAAGACUUAUUGUUGCGGAAUAUAAUCUGGAUUCAAAAAAUUAAAAUAAAUGUUUAUCAUAAUUUCCGAUUUGA